AUGAGCUCACCGUACCAACGAAAGAUCACGAUAAGUGCAGGUGAGGAAUGCACUCUCUCUGGGAGCUGCGUUGUGGGGUUGCAACUGCUGUCUGGAGUAGUUGAAGUUGCCGGUGUGCUCCUCAAGGCUAAAGAACCCCCUACCUUUCGUCUUUUAACGGAUCGGUACUCGCUUGUGAUGUACACCUUAGAAGGUGGUUGCGUACUCGCUACGUCAACCAAGCAGUUCGAGGUUUCAAAGGCUGCUACGGGCAUGGCAUCCGUUGGGCAGUUGUGUCGUGGUGCCCUUGCUACUGUGACUCGAAGUAAGGUGCUCGUCAUUGGACGUCGUGCUAGUGGUAAAACUUUAACAGCGCACACAAUUUGCAACAUACUCCGCGAGGAUGCUUCUGCAGUGGAACUGGGGGCAGCGUCCACGUCCGUAUUCUUGAUGGACCUUAACGCCGAGUCCAACUCCAUCUAUGCGCCUGGGUGCAUUUCAACUGUGCUUGUAGAGCACAUACUGUGGCCCGACACUUCCGCCUCCCCAACGUUGUUGCCAUUUUCACUUUUUGUUGGUGAAACAGCCCCUCCUGGCAAUGAAAGUGUUGCUUCGUUUCUUUCUUUUGUGGAGCAACUGAACGAGUGCACCGAUGCGCUAAUAGGUGCGGCCAACACUGAGCGGGCCCACGUUGUAAUAGACGCGCCCUCUCCACAGGAGGGGGUGAUGGAGGGUGUAUAUUUUCGCAGACUUGUUGAAUUACUGCGGCCUACGCAUGUUGUCAUGGUUAGUACGCAGGGUGAAUCGGACCUGUGUUCCAAUGUUCUGCAAGAGGACAUACAACGUGUGCUUCCUGAAUGUGAUGUUUCCUACGUGGCGCCUGUGUCUCAGCGGUGCAACAGUUCAGUGCGGGAGCAACGCCUCUGCGGGUACUUUUCAGGAAAUCCCCAGUGUCCACUUGCUUGCGCAAAAAUUGUACUUCCCCUUGCGCAAGUGCAGCUUGUACGGUAUGUAAGGUCCGAGAGCGGAGUAACCUGCAGCAAGGUAACACCUUCAGCAACUAUUAUAGGCUGUAUAUGCGCGGUUUCACAUGCUGAGGUGAUUGAGGAGGUACCCUUAGCCCCCAUAGCUGGAUUGCUACUGCUCUUUGCUAUCGACGAGGAGCAUGAGGAGCUGGUCGCGGUCGUUCCGGCUUCGGAGCCGCUUCCUCGACGAUUUUUGAUUCUCCCGAACGAACCGACACGGUCGUGUCCUCCUUCCGCUCUUUUUUCCGGGGAGGUUGCGGCCCACGUAGAGGAAGCGGUGGCGAUAUAA